UUUCCAUCAUGAUUUUAACUAAUUUUAACUUUAAUAUCGAUCAGUCAAUUUUGAUGAUUAAUAUCAGUUAUAAUUAAUAUCUCGUUUGACGGUGGUUUGCUGGACAGUGUGGAAGAUUUUUUCCAGAUUUUUCUGCCAUUCGUUUCGAGUGAAAAUGCGCAUUGAUUGAGGCUAAUUUUAUUCAUGCUGAUCGGUCGAGAAGCUCACACACAACUGAAUAUUUACAGAUUGUAUUUACGAAAAUAGUCGAAAUCGCCCGUAAUCUCAUCGCAAAAUAAUUGAUGGAAUUUGUAUCUUCAUCGAAAUUCAAUUGUCAAUAGUAUUAAAACGCUCAAUAUAUUUCUUACGACAUAACUUCUUAUUGUAAACAAUAUGGAGGAAAAGACAAGCCCUUCCAAAGAAAUUGGCUCCAACGAUAUGGAUAUACAGUCAAAUGCAAUGCUGAAGAAAAAAUUACAAAUGAAGUCAGAAGCGCUUAUGUUAUUAAGCAAGGAAAUGGAUCAGAGUAGAAUAGAACGAGAUCAGUUCAAACUGAUCGCUGAGCAAAUUCAGGAACGGUUUCUGCAUUUAAAGAAGCAGAUGUACGAUAGGAAAGAACUGAACAGUUUAGAUGACGAGUUUAGAACAUUGGAUCUGUUAGCAGAAGCACGUGAACAAAAUAAGUGCCUUAGGCUGCAGGUUGAAACAUUAAGGCAGAAACUAGUAGAUGCUGAAGGUGAUAUCAAGGUAUUACGUACAAACAAUAAUCGUAUACCAAUUGAAGCACAGGAAACUCAAUUAGCACCAGCUAUGCAUCAAAGAGAAGAGAUGAUAGAGCAAUUAGAAAAAUUAAAUUUAAAGUGUUCACAGUUGCAAACAGAUCUACAAACAGUAUUGGAUGAGAAACACGAGCUGAAGAUGGAAAGGGAUGCCUUUAAAUGUAAAGCACACCGUUUAAACCAUGAACUGUCCAAAGCUUUAAACGCUACCGAACCAGUUGAUUUGGAUGCUCUUAUCAAUGAAAAUAGAUAUCUCCAAGAAAGAUUGCAGCAAUUGCUUGAGGAGAAGGAGCUCACACGUCAAUCUUUGUCAAAAUAUAAGAGUAUGCUAGAUAGUAAAAGGGCUAAAGGAACUAUCAAGUUGGGAGCAAAUUCUGCAGUUGGAACAGUGAUGACUCACAAGCAAGUCGAACAGCUUCUUCAGGAAAGUUCUUAUAUACCGCCUCAGAAAUCUGCUGCUGCCGUUACCGAUCUACGGUGUCUUUGCACUGCCUUACUAGAGGCUUUAAAUGAUAAAACGUUAGCUCUGGCGCAUCAGAAGAAAGCGAAUAAAAUAUUAGCAUUGAGAAUUUGUGAAUUGGAUAGUGCUAUACAGUCACCAACUACGAAACUUUUGGAGGGAUAUACAAGCGCUAAUGUUGAUUUGAGAUGUGAUAGUGAUUUCAAUAAUUUGGAUCAUACUAAUAGUAGUAUACAUAACAUCGAGGAAAACAAUGUUAUAACAAAUGAAAAUAUGCAGUGUAACUCUUCACCUGAAAGUCAAGUUAUGCAACAAUUGCAGUCGAUACAAAUGAGUCUUCCAAGGAACUUAGGAGUAUUGGUUCAAAAGGCAUUAAAUAAUUUAAAUGAUAAACAGAAGUAUUAGAUUACAACGCGUGUCGCGUGUGCCGACAGCGUUCGACGGCGACAUCGCGCUCUUGUUAGAAGAUCGUGCUCUUUAAAAGACUCGCUCGGCGGCCAUUGACCUCGGCACCGCGAUGGACCCCGCGAACUUCCGCGCUCAGUGACGUAAUUUCUCCUCGCACACCCAAUAACGUCGCCCCCAGUGACAUCAUCCCCCGCGCCGCGGAAUCCUCUUGCCCCUCACUUUCCCUCGGAGAACGUGGGUUAGAACCAAUCUUAUAUAUCUACUACUACUAUUAUAUAAACGAUAUUUCUAUCAAAUCAGUAUUUAUAAUGUAUAAUGUAACCUGUUUUCUAUGAUGGAGAUGAUUUUACUAAAUACUAAGAGAUGAUUUGUUAUGCAAUUGUAAACAAUUAGUUUGACGUAUUAUGUGUAGUACAUAAUCACAACACCGUAAUACGUAAGCUAACAGUAGAACCAUGAUGGAAUUAAUAAGAGAUCUAUUUUCUGUGACUAAAGCAAUGUAUAUUUGUAAAACUUAAAGUGAGACAAGCAUAUGUUUGAUAUUUGUUGAAAGCGAGAAAGAGAGUUCUAGUGCAAGAACAGAAGAGAUCAAUGGUGAAACAUUGCACAUAAUGGCGAUAGUAAUACUAGGAAUAAUCAAACAAAUGUUUUCCAAAUUCAAUCUUCUAUUGCGCUCCAUGGGAAUGCUUUCACCUUAUUAAUUUCACCAUGACUAGAACGAUCGUAUUGAGUGACAAUGGUCUCGUAAAUAUUUUUGGUGCGUUAUCUAGCUGAUUAACCACAAAUUGCGAAUUAGAUCUGUCUGUAAGUGUUAU